UGUCUAUUGUUGGGGGAUUUUGCGUGUAACUUUACGCUCGUGUCGGACAGCUGCCACCACUGGACUCGGACAGAGCCGAACUGUCGUUCCUGUGAUGCCCCAGGGCGGGCUGAGCUGGUCAGGGUUGCGAUGCCUUACGUGGACCGACAGAAUCGCAUCUGCGGCUUCCUGGACAUCGAGGAGAAUGAGAGCAGCGGCAGGUUCCUGCGCCGAUAUUUCAUCCUGGACACUCAGCAGGGCAACCUGCUGUGGUACAUGGACAACCCACAGAAUCUGCCUAAAGGUGCAGAGAAGGUGGGAUCUCUUAAACUCACCUACAUCUCCAAGGUCAGUGAUGCCACCAAACUCAGACCAAAGGCUGAGUUCUGCUUUGUUAUAAAUGCAGGAAUGAGGAAGUUUUAUCUGCAGGCCAAUGACCAGCAGGAUCUGGUGGAAUGGAUCAGCGUUCUCAACAACGCCACCAAGAUCACUGUGCCAAAGCCAGGCGAGGGCCACACCGGCCACACAGAGACUCCCCAGGAAGUACUUGGAGCCAUGAAACAGGUCUCCUACAAGACUGAAAUCAUAGGUGGAGUCCCUAUCAUCACCGCUACACAGGAGCAGGGGGAGGGGCAUAACGAGGCGGAGCGUGGAGGCUUGAAGCGAGGUCAGAAUCACCUGCCCUACUACCUGUCCAGAGGAGCGCAGGACCAGGCCAUCAUCAAGGCUGGAUACUGUGUCAAACAGGGGGCUCUGAUGAAGAAUUGGAAGAGGAGGUACUUCAUGCUGGAUGAAAACGCUGUCAGCUACUACAAAUCUGACCUGGAGAGGGAGGCACUGAGAGUCAUUCCGCUGAAGGAGAUCCACAAAGUGCAGGAGUGUAAACAGAGUGAGCUGAUGAUGAGGGACAACCUGUUUGAAAUGGUCACCAGCUCCAGAACCUUCUACGUACAGGCUGACAGUCCAGAGGACAUGCACAGCUGGAUUAAGGCCAUCUCAGGGGCGAUCGUUGCUCAGCGCGGCCCCGGACGCUCUGCUAACACUGUCCGUCAGGCCAGGAGGCUGUCCAGCCCUUGUAUACAGAGGUAUACGCCGUUCUGCAGUGGUGAAUGCAGCACCGUUCCUGACUCCCAGCAGAACUUCGCCAAACCAAAUGAACGCAGCGAUCACUCCUCAUCCUCUCCGACAUCCUCCUCCACCUUCUACUACCCCUCUGGCCCGGAACCACACCACCCACAAUCCUCCUCCGUCGGCGCCUCCGCGCGCCCUCAGCUUCACGCUGGACACGCACCACCAGGACAACUUCGUGGGCCUGCUCCCGUGGAGGCUAAGCGGCGUCCAGACGGUGAUGUUGCCCCUCCCUUCGGCGCGCUCCCGCCUGUCGCUGCAGGAGACGCUGCACUCUUCCAAAUAACGGCGGAGGAGGAGGACGAUUCCCCGUGGAAACAGCACAGCGAAAUGGCCCGGCAGGGGUUCGCCGGCAGCCGUGGUGGGAAGGAGCUGAACAGUCGCACCACUGAUAAGACCGACCGGCAGAUAACUCUGAUUUGACGAUAAUGAUGAUCAACGAGAACACACACA